GAUUAACGAAUCGCGGCACUACAGUUUCAUCUGGUGAAAAGUAUUAUGAUUUAAAUCAUUCUCAAAUGUAUCUAUCUAUUGAAAGUUUUUUUCUAAUUUAUUUAGGAACUUUUAGUCAACUUUAUGAAGGAAAACUUUUGGUAUCAAUUCGAAGACAUGGUAUUUGUACAAGUAAAUGGAAGCAAGUAAUAAUCAAAACACUAACUGAAAAAGCCACAGCAGAACAAGUAAGACUUUUCAAAAAUGAUACAUGUAAAUUUGUUGGGGCGAAACAUUCACAUAUAGCUUCCAUCAUUGCAGCUUCAAGUACGUCCGUUUGUGUAAGUUCCCUAUCUAAUCAACAAAUAAUCAGUCAACCGAUUCUUAUUUAUUCGAACGCCAAAUAUGGAAAUUUAAAAUUGUUCCUGCAAAGGCGAUCAAAUGGAAUGCAGGAUGGAAACACGAGACCAAAUACGAUACUUACUGCAGCUCAGCUUAUCAGUAUGGCUUUACAAAUUCUUAGUGCAGCAGAUUAUUUGCACAGUAUAAACGUGAUUCAUCAAGAUAUUGCAACACGAAACUGUCUAUUAAAAUGUAGAACACGUGUAGCUUUAAGUGACUCGGCACUCAGUAGAGAUCUAUUUCCUGAAGAUUACCAUUGCUUAGGCGACAAUACAAAUCGCCCAGUGAAGUGGCUAGCAUUGGAAGCGUUGAUCGAAAGAAAAUAUACUAUGGCAACAGAUGUUUGGUCUGUUGGAAUAACAUUAUGGGAGCUUGUUACCAGAGGUCAACAACCUUAUGCCAGUAUAGAUGCAUUUGAAAUGACAGCGGUACUACGAACCGGAUACAGACUGAAAAAACCUCAUAACUGUCCAGAUGACUUAUGGAAAAUUAUAUUUGCAUGCUGGAAAACAAAUCCUUCUGCUCGACCAACAAUCCGUCAACUUAUUACAAAAUUAAAAGCAUUUCAAGUUACUGUAACAAAUUAUAUUUAA